AUGGGUAACUACAAUCCGAUGACACCUGGCGGAAUGCUACGAUUAUCCCCUUUACGUACCUCAUCGCCAUACGUGCGUAGCACUUAUGAGUCGUUUGGAGGGCAAAAGAUUCCUGCUCACUUCCUGGAAGGAGGUGAAUGGGUUAUGGAGGACCUCUUCGUCACAAUCAAGAGCAAUCACGAUGAAGAUCGAUUCCAGGACCGUGAGGCAAUCGUCACCAGCGUUCAGGAUGGCAGGUGUCAAGUAUAUAUCCCCGAUCUGAAAUGCUCGGCUACAGCUGACUUCGAUCAAAUCGAGCCGCUUAAACCUCAGGAAGGCGAUUAUACUCGCGUCAUUUAUGGCGAUGAACUCGGUGUGAUGGGCCAGUUAAUAUCAGUAGACGAAGCUGACUGUGUGAUCAAAGUGGGAGCGGAUGACAUGCGGUUGAGUCCACUUGAGUUUUGUUGCAAGUUCAGCAAGCGGUAA